AGGACAAUAAGUAGUGCAAUGAGAACGUUUUGUAAUAUAUAAGUGUUUUGACUUUAAUUUGGGAAGAGCAUUUAGUGAUUGGAGUAUUUGUGAACAUUGUGAGAUGUGAUAGUGGGGACUAAGUUACAUUACAAUGUCUAGACCAAAAGUAACUAAAGUACCGCCUGACGGAGGAUACGGCUGGGUCGUCACAUUUGCUUAUGCUUUAAACAAUGUCGUGGUACUGCCGCUCAUAGCCGGUUUCGGCCUAGUCUUUCAAGAAGCGUUCCACGACGUGGGCUUGUCAGCGACGCAGGGCACCCUGAUCAUUACCCUGAACCAUGGGUUCGGGAUGCUGCUCUCGUUCUUCGGCGGGCCGGUGCUGCGGCGCUUCGGGUACAGGAAGGUGGCCGUCACGGGAGCCAUACUCAUCUCAGCGGGGCUCAUGCUCACGGCCUUUGCGUCCAGUUUCUGGCUCUUCCUGUUUUCUUAUAGCAUUUUAAAUUCAAUGGGAGUAGCAUCAGUCAUGGCGGCCUUCUCCCUAGCCAUUAAUUCAUAUUUUAAAGAGAAAAGGAGCAGAGCUGUUGGUGUCGGAAUGUCCAUUACAGGGCUCGGAACCAUCUACAUGCCUCUACUCAUGAGUGCACUCAUAUAUGCCUACGGGUGGAGGUACGCUGUGCUCACUCUGGGAGCAAUUUGCCUACACUCUUUGGUAGGAGCUUUCUUACUUAGGCCAGUAAAAUGGUACAUGGUAACACCUCCCCAGGAAAUGGUUCCGCUGAACAAAGAUGAACAAGUAGAACUUAUUAAUGGAGGACUUCCACAGAAUGGCACUGUACCAUCGCUACCACAACUUGAAGAGUCGAAAGAAAAUGGAUCGGUGUCUGUCAAAAGCCUGUCAAUGAGAUCACUAUCCAACGGUUUAAGUUUAGAAACCAGAAAUGCCAUUUCACAUCCCGAUGUGUAUAAAAAGUCUCAAGAGCCAACAUCGGUUUUAGAGUAUAAAUGGUGGGAAUCUCAAGAAAUCAAUUUGGGUAGUUCGAUAAAUAUAUUUCGUGAGAACGAGCUUCACAAAAAGCCUGGACCAGAAAAAGAGGCUUUCAUUGAAAAAACACUAGAAAUUGAAUCAAACAAAACGCUUGCUCAAAAAUUUGUUGAUUUUUUCGAUCUGACUCUAUUGAGAGAUCCAAUAUUCUUGAACAUAAUGUUUGGAUUAUCAAUGGCAGGAUGUGUAGAGACAAAUUUUUCCUUAUUAUUUCCUAUAAUUCUUAAGGAUAUGUUAAGAUUUGAGACUUCGCAAAUAGCAAACUUAAUGGCUGUGAUCGGAUUUUCCGACACUUUGUUUCGACUAGUGUCUCCAUUUAUAGGAGAGUGGUGCAAUAAGUCGCCCAGAGUCAUGUACAUAGUCAGCUUAGCUAUGGUCAUCUUUAUAAGGUCAAUAAUGUUAUUUACAACUUCGUUCAUUGGAAUGAUAUUCGUAGCCCUAGCAAUGGGGAUAACGAAAGGGGUGCGGACGGUCUACAUGAAUAUUGUGAUACCGAACUACGUGCCUUUAGAACGACUGCCUUUCGCCUCUGGAAUUCAGAUGUUCUUCAAUGGUAUCAUUAUUAUCACACUAGGUACCGUGCUAGGAAAAGUCCGCGAGCUAUCCGGAAACUACAGAAUACCGAUCGUUAUCUUGAACUGUGUCACGAUGGUCACUGUAAUCAUGUGGGGUGCCGAGUUUCUCUACUUCAAGUUCAAGAACAAGUCUAAUGAAGAGGCAAAAGAAGCGACCGGUUGAAGGCUGAAACUUAACCGUCAGGAAUAAUUAAUUU